CGAUACAAGCUCCUCUAAUUAUUUUUCUCAUAAUAUGUUAUUGAAGGCUAAAUUGUUAAUAAAUAGAGGUUUAAAAUUUUGUUUUUUAUUUUAACUUGUUAUUAGUUUUAACUAAAGUAAUAUUUAAAAUUAAUGUUGGCAACCGUGUUGUACCGUGUGCAUGCUUCACGCCAUAGAGAUUAACUUACAAUAUGCAAGUAAUGAUAUUGAUUUUUUCCUGAAUGUUGCUGCUGUUUCUACCAUGCAAAGCCUGCCGGCUGCUAACGAAGAAGAUGCAAGAAUAUUGUUACAUCUUGGCCGAUCAUAUUUGCACAAUAAAAGUCUAGAGUGUUCUGAAGACGAAGAAGAAGAGGAAGAAGAAAGUGAAAAUAAAGAGGAGGGGGAGGAAGAAGAUAUUAGAGAUAAAGUUAAAACUGGAACAGAAAAAUUAAAGCAGAAAAAUUUGUUACAAAAAUUAUAUUUAUCUCAUAGUCAAAAAUUGUGUGCUUUUGCAGAUUCCUUACAUUGGCCAGAAAAUCAACUUUCUCCAUCAAGCUUAUUGGAUACAUUAUUUGAUAAACCAUCCGAAGAACAGUUAAAUGUUUUAAUUAUUACAUUAUUUUCAGUGGAUAUUGGUUUUUCUAUCAAAAUGUCUAUUGAUAUUAAUGAUAAACCUAUUGAAACAUAUUUUAAUUAUGAAGAAGAUUCUAUUUUAGAUUAUGUUAAAAAUGAAGAACUACCUCCUCAUUUAUUAGAUAUAAUAGAAAAAGCUAAUCCAUCACUUUUUUACUGUGGAUGUAUUAUAGCAGAAAUUCAAGAUAAAAAAUGUGAAGAGGUGAAAGUAUACCGUAGUCUUUUGCGUCCAUCCAAUUUAUCAGUUAUGAAUGAUGUAAAUCAAUUAUUGAUCCAGAAUAAAACUGACAAUUGGUCAUAUGAAAAGAAAUUAAAGCUUGAAAGUUUAUUAAUAUUGGCAUCUCAUCCAGAAUUAUGUAUGGAUUCAUCACCUAGUACUGGUCUAGCAGUUAAGAUGCAAUUGAACACAUCAGGAUCAAAAAUUUAUGAGUUGAACCCAUUAAAAAUUAAUAGAACACCAAAUAAUUUAGGAGUAUCAAAUUCUAUUAGAAAUACAUAUCAUAAAUUUUCAGAGCUACUUUAUAAAAAAGAAAAAAGUAGUUUAAUGAAAAUAAUAAACUGUGAUGAAAGUAUAGGUGCAAUUUAUUAUUUGAUGUGGGAGUUUGAUUUUCGCCAAGAAUCUAUUAAAAUAAUUAAUUUAUCUGUUUUGUUACUUAAAAAUACUCAAGAAUAUUCUAUUUUGUUAAAAAUGAACUCAAUAGUUCAUGCAGUUUUAAGGUUUAAAAUAAAUCUUAAAACCAAUAAUUUAAAAUCGUACAUUGAUACUAUUCUGUUAGUAUUAAAUCAGAAAAUAGAUUCUAAAGUAUCACUUGUUCGGACAUUUAAAAGUGGUAUAGAACCUCGCUUUGUGAAAUUAUCUUGUAACUUAUAUAAUGAUAAUUUAUAUGAACCCAAUCAAAGAGAUAUUAGUGAGCUACUAGAUAAUUUACUAAAUAAUAAAUCAAAAUUGGUUCAAAAUAAUUCUCCAUCUGAAACUGAGAACUCUUUUUUGAAUUUAUCAAUUGGUUCUUCAGAAAUCAAAUUAAAUUCAAUAAAAUGUAAUAAUUCAUUAGUUAGAAAAAGUGCUUGGUUGAUGGAUAAUCAAUACUUAGAUGGUAGUAUGAAAUCAGAACCUCAUAAGUUAUAUGUGAAACGUAAAAAAAAUAUUCAUUUUUAUAGUACUGAUAAGUUAACAGACAAUUCAAAUCAAUAUUAUAAAGAUAUAUCAUUAUUUAAUCAUGAAAACAACUUGGUUAAUGGUAUUAAGCCAAAAGUAAUACCAAAUAAAAAAGAACCAGAAUCACCACCAUUAAGUCCAUUAGCAGUUAAUACAUCAACUUCAAGCUUAAUAACAUUUGUAGCACCCGAGUUUGUACCACAUCCUAGAAUAUCUUCAACAUCUAAUGAGGAGGUUUCAAUUUACACUGAUCAAACUGUUAAAAAUAAUAAAUUAGUAGAAAAAACAGAAAUUAAUACCAUUGAUAGUCUUGGUGCAAGUGUAUCAAGUUCUUCAAAUGAAGUUUUGUCAAUUUCAAUCAGUGAUCUAUCCUCUGUUACAAAUUCUGUUUCAAAUCCUGCAACAGUUGUGUCAUCAUCAUUUUCUAAAGUAUCAUCAAGUGAAGCAAUUAGUAUAAAUAGUCUCCUAGCAUCACAAAAUUUAACUUUACAAACUGAUAGAAAGCUUUUAUCUGCCUUUCGAGGACAGCGUGUUUGUAUUAAUACAAAGCUAAAAUCAGUACGCUCUACCAAAAAUCAACACUUAAAACUGCUGCUAGCAAAUUGUGAUGCAGCAAAAAGUAACAGCAGUAUUAUAAAACAACCUCCUAAUUUAAAUGAUGUAAUGAAAACGGCAACAGGUACUCUGUUAACACAGUCAUUUAGUACACAAUAUGUAGUUAGGCCAGGAGUUAUAAAUUCAACACAUAAAAAUGGAAUAAACUCUUCUGGUCAAACAGUGUACAAAAAAAUAAUUUAUGGUAACCCAGUAAACAAUGUAAAUAUGUCAAAGCCUCAGAUAGCUACUUUACAGAGGACUUCAGUGGAUCAAUCUUCUACAAAUUGUCAGUUGGAUAGACGGAAAACAAAAAUUAUUAGUAGCUUAUUAAAUAAUAAGGAUAUGGUUAAUCAACCUAAUAUACAGGUUUCAUUACCAGGUGUUAUUGUUCCUUUAAACACAGCAUCUUUAAGUCAAUUUAAUAACCACCAUCAGGUUAAUAUUGCACCAAAAUCAACUUCUUCAAGUGUUUCAUCUUUUGCGUGCCAAACAUUAAAUAACAUUAAACCUUCAAUCUUAGGGUCAAUAUCAACUUCUAAUAAUACAAUAAAAUAAAAAUAGAAAAUUGUAUAUAUUAGUGUUAAUACUAAUAAAAAAAUUUAUGUUUUUAAAGAAGGAGAAAGAGAUGGAGGGAAUGGUAGAAGUCUAAUAACACCAGCUCAGGAUUCUUAUAUAUUCAUUUUUUGUACAUGUAAAAAAUAUAUUUUUAAAAUUAAUUGUGCAUUAGUAAUUUUCAGAACUGAGUCAUAGUUAUUUCAACUCUUGAUAAAUGCAACAAUUUUUUGUUUUCGAAUUCAUUAAAUUUAAAUGUUGUGUUUGGGAUUCUUUAUUUUUCAAAUAUUAAUUUUUAUAAAGACCCAUCAAAGUUCAAAUAUAUUAUUAAAAAAAAUAAUUUUAUCAUUUCUCAAAAAAUAUAAUUUAUGAAUUAUAAUAAUUCAUAAUUAAUGAAUAAUUAUAUAAUUACUUUAAAAUUUAAAACAAAUUAAAUAAGUAUUUUUUAGUAACUACUUAGCUAUUAUAAACAGGGUCGCAUUUAAGAAUUGUACUGCCCAAGGUACUCAAUUCUGUCGCUACCAAUGACCUUUAUUAUUUUGCUUAUUAAAAAUAAUUUUCUCUUUAUUUUUUGCAUUGCUAUUUCUAUUUCUAUUUGAAUUAGCUAAAAAAAAGGUCUUCAAAUCUAUAAUUUAUCUUACUUCAUAUUUUUAUGCCAUCCUAUGUACUUGAACCCAGUACCCUCUCUCUUUAAAUGCGGCCUUGUUUAUAAAUGAGAUUAUAACAAUAACUAUAUUGUAAUUUUUUUACUUUUUUUUUUCAGAAAUGACUUGUUUAUAUUUUUGA